AUGUGGCUCUAUUCAUCUAUGGAAAAAUUAGAAGGAAGCCAGAUCGAAACGAAGUGUCAAGAACAGGUUCUUGAAAUCCUCAGACGAGUGAAGGAUAUUGAAGGCCCUUAUGUGCAAGUGAAUGGUGCGAGAGCAACUCCUGGGAUAGUUCUGACAGGAAGCCUAAAUGAGAAGGUUCUCAAUCUUCUAGAGGAGCAGCAGAGGGUAAAGCAGGCAACUGGUCCUCACUUCAAAUUUAUCUUUGAGGCGGGAAAUUUACCUCCAGAUGUGGCGCUUCACAGUGAGGAUUUGGUGUAUUCGGAGAUCCGAAGAAGCGAUGUCCCACUCGUUCUGUCUCGGACUGAAAUACCCAGGAAAGAGAGGCCUAUGGUACUUCUGCCGAGCUUGGCCGUCUUUUUCAACAAUGCGCCAAUUGCUUGGGGCUUCUUAGGUGACGAAGGACAUCUCUUCGCCAUGAUGCUUUACUGA